GAGCCAAUGGGCAGCCAGCGUAACGGUCGCCCCGUUGCAUGCCGGGCGGCGUAGUCUUGCAAGCGCUGGGAGGUGGAAAAAGGCCUCGGCCGAAGCCCGAGACUGGGUUGAGCGGCGGAGCCCGGUCCUGAGCGCCUUCUCCGGGCCUCCCCGCGGCGGCCUUCGCCUCCUCCCCCUCCUCCUCCUCGCCCACCGCGCCUCGCCUCCCGCGCGCCAAGAUGGCGGCCGAGGUGGACUUCGGCGACCGCGAGCUCUUCCAGCAGCUGGAGGCCGACGAGGAGGCGCCCUCCGCCCUGAGGCCCGGCCCGGCGGAAGAAGCGGCGGAGCUCCGCGAGCGGCUGAGGGACUCCGAGGAGACCGUUAGGCAGCUGCGGGCGGAGAAUCAGGAACUCAGAAGAAAACUGAACAUCCUGACUCGACCAAGUGGACUAACAGUGGAUGACUGUAAACUUGAUGGACCCUUGUUACAGAUCUUGUUCAUGAAUAAUACCGUUUCAAAGCAAUAUCAUCAAGACAUAGAAGAGUUUGUAUCCAGUUUAGUUCAGAAAUACGAGGAGCAGCAGAGGAGUGAAUUGGACAAGACCUGCUUCAAUGUUAAGCCGCAGCCUUCUAGCUUUGUCCUGGAAGAGGAUCAAAAAGUAACAAGCUCAAAUGUGUCCAAAAAAGUCAAAGAGGCUUUUAGCGUUAUAGGAAGUGUUCUCUAUUUUACCAAUUUUUGUCUUGAUAAACUGGGGCAGCCUAUAUUAAAUGAAAAUCCUCAGCUCACAGAUGGAUGGGAAAUACCCAAAUACCAGCAAGUUUUCACGCAGAUUCUUUCUCUAGAUGGGCAAGAGAUACAAGUAAAGUCUAAAAGCAGGCCCAAAUCUCAUUGUUUCAACUGUGGCUCUGAAGAUCACCAGAUGAAAGAUUGCCCACAGCCACGAAACUCUGCCCGCAUAAACGAAAAAAGAAAAGCUUUUAUGGAGGCCUGCGGGGAAACAGGCAGCCCAAAUUUCCAGCAGAGGUACCACGCGGAUGAAGUGGAAGAGCGGUUUGGACGCUUCAAACCAGGAAUAAUCAGCGAGGAACUCCAGGAUGCCCUCGGUGUCACCGAGAAGACGCUUCCUCCCUUCAUCUAUCGCAUGCGGCAACUGGGUUAUCCUCCAGGCUGGCUGAAAGAGGCAGAGAUGGAGAAAUCUGGCUUAACGCUCUACGACGGAAAAGCGUCGCCCAGCAGUGAGGCAGAGGAGGAAUCCCACCAGCAGAAUCCCCGGGUCACUUACGAUCUCUCCAAGUUGAUCAACUACCCAGGUUUUAACAUGUCCACCCCAAGUGGGGUCGCAGACGAAUGGCGGAUGUUCGGCUCGGUACCUCUUCAGCCGUCCCAGCAGAAAGAAAUUUUUGCUCAUUAUCUUUCCACUUACCAUUCGGCCAAUCUCAAAUCCAGGCCCAAAAGGCCCCCCUCUCGCCAGAGCUCCCAUCAUUCGAAACGGCAGAAAGGAAGCAGCGUUGAAAUCCCACCAGCUGACAUGGAGAUCGACUCUGAUCUAGAAAUGCCCCCUAGCCCUCCUGCUUACGACGGCUUCCACUUCCAGCCUCCGUUGCCUCCGGGGUCUCCGCUGACCGCCACUCCCCCCCCUCUGCCGCAGGGCACCCCGCCAGGGACCCCCCCCAGCCUGACUUCUCCUCCACUUCAACUGCUGUCUUGUGUGCCAGCAGCCCUGCCUCGCGACACCCCGCCUUGGACGCCGUCUGCCCCGCGGCCGGAGGACUCGGCCAUGGAUGAAGAUACCUUGACCCUGGAGGAGCUGGAGGAGCAGCAGCGGCUGAUUUGGGCGGCCCUCGAGCAGGCGGAGAGCGCCAACAGCGACUCGGACCUCCCAGCCGGGACUCCCAUGGCCGGCAAUUCUGGGACGUCGACCCCCUGCAGGACGGAGCCCUCCGUUCCCCUGGAGGAAGCAGCCCGCCAACCGCCAGAGGUCUCCGAAGCUGAGCCUGAGCCCUCCGUUCCCCUGGAGGAAGCAGCCCCCCAACCGCCAGAGGUCUCCGAAGCUGAGCCUGAGCCCUCCGUUCCCCUGGAGGAAGCAGCCUGCCAAUCGCCAGAGGUCUCCGAAGCUGAGCCCAAGCAGGUACCCCAGGCUGCCGAAGAGCCUGGUCCUCAACAAGCCAUUGAACUAGUGGAUUUGACAGCCGAGGCGGAAGCCAUUCCCACAGACUCUGAAGGCCGAGACCAAACCUGCUCCUCGGAUCCCGCCGGCUGCCUGAAUCACAGCGACGCUCCCGCCCUUCCCAAUGCCAGCGAGUCUCCUUCCUCCAAGCCUCCUGGCCUCGUUCCCGACAUGAGCAAGUUUGCUGCUGGGAUCACACCUUUCGAAUACGACAACAUGUCGGAGUCCACCGGGACUUACCUCCGGAUAAGGAGCGUGCUGAAAAAAUACCCGAGAAGCCAGCUGAAGAAUAAGAAGCUUUCCCUUUAACAGCCCAACUCGGGCCAGGGACAAACAAACCAAAAAACAAACAAACAAACCAGGAUUCGGAUGCUUUCCCCUUAAAGCAGGGGUCUCCAACCUUGGCCACUUUAAGACUUGUGGACUUCAACUCCCAGAAUUCCUCAGCCAGAAAGGUUUCUUCCCCCCCCCCUUGCUGAAGUCAAGAUAUAUUACAUUUACCGCAUUCCCACCAUCUAUUAUUAAGAAAAGUUUAUGAAAGAAAUGUGAUAAAGCUGCCUAUUGACAUUUCUUCUUGUCCUAUCCGUGCUGAAUUCUGGGUAACUCUUUGCUGGCUGAGGAACUCUGGGAGUUGAAGUCCCCAAGUCGUAAAAGUGGCCGAGGUUGGAGACACCCCUGCCUUAAAGCACAAAUCAAGAGCGAGAGAAGGGAGGUGUUGUGUUCUUCCUGAAACCGUUUUUGUUUUUGUUUUUAAAGAAAGUCUGCGGGGGGGGACGGGCUUCCAUUUUGACCUCGAAGCAGGACUGAUCUUCCACAAAUACACAAAAGAUUUGUGAAUCUUCUCCAACCCUGCAUUAAAUAUUCCCCUGAAUUUUCCCCUCUUCAACUUGGGGUCAAAUACAUCCUUGCCUCUCUCUACCAACCAAGUUUUUUUGUCUCUGCCAAGCUUUUGCUUUUGCAUAGGGAGCUGGUAGUUCUCAAAAUACAUUUACUGUCCUUUGGAAAGGACCUUGGUUUUUUGUUUGUUUUAUUAAAUGCUUCCCCUCAAAAUUCUUGUGGCGAUCCGACGGGAAUAAUCAGGAAUCAAUCAACCACUCUCUUUCCAUCCUUUUUGAAAAGUUUUUUUUUAAAGUGAUUUAGGAGAUUUUAAUUUUUUUAAAAACAAACAAACAAACACGACACCGGCUUUUUGGUUUUGGUAACAUCGUCAUCUUUGAAUAUGCUGUACAUAUAUUUGUGCUUGUGUACAGGGGUUUAA